AUGGAGUCUGUUUCUCACCUCCGAACCGGUUUGCUUUCUGCUAUAGGAGAAGGAGGUGUUAGCAAUGAGAAGGAACUGUUCGACGACCUUGUCGAAUGUAGACCUACUCUUGUCAACUUAUACGACCUUCCACCACGAAGCGAAGCUGAACGAAAGGAGCUACAAGGCGGAAGGACAACCUUGAAUGGCCGUCAAGUCGCCGUAAAUACCGAUUUUGCCACUCAGGUCAUCUCCCUCGCCGAAGUCCUUGAUUGCUCUGAACGAUAUGUCGCAACACUCUCCCAACACGUUAUCUCGAGUAGUCCAAACCUACGACCAACAAAUAUACUCGAGGGGGUGGUUCUCGAACACCAUCGAAGGCGCCGCGAACUUGUCGAAUGCCUACGUUUCCUUCUAGAGGCCACCGAAAUGGCAACCACAUCUGAUGCACCCCCAAUUUACGCUCGACUAGCCCUGUUCGUUCAGCGACAGCUCCUUCCACCUACAGAACAGGCAGGUGGUCUACCAACAGGUGACAAGAGUCUGGGACGCAAGAUUGUGUUAGAAAUUGAGAGGCUAGACUCGACAAUAGCCAAGGCGCAAGUGGCAAAGGAGAACACGGGUAGCCAAACCACUAUCCAAGGCGCCAAUAUCUCGUUGGGUCAAGAAGUUCUUACUGCACGGCUGGAGUCUCUCAAAUUCGAACGUCGCAGCCUGGCAAUUGUUCUCUUCCUCAUUGCGAGAAUAGGAUACCUAUCUCCAUACGAAAUCGAACGCAUCGUUCCUUGGCUACAGCAAAACCCUCAUCAUCCUAUGUUAUAUUAUCUCCUCACGACCUUGCUUGUCGCAUUCGAUCCUGUUGACCCUAAGACCCCCGGUAGCAAGGCACGCCAAAGCCUUGCGACUCACUCGUCCACGCUCUCUGCUUUGAAAAUCUCUAUGAAUCCUUCUGCCGAGUGGAAGGAGCCGGGGCUAAAGGCUGUGAUUUUACUCAAGUGGACACUAUUCUUAACUGAGGCGCGGCACCGAGAUGCGGCAUUGGAACACAGAGAAGGAUUCAAGACUGAGGAGCUGGAGACCAAUGUGUGGAAUGCCGUGCAGGGCGAUGCAUUUGUGUACCUUGCAUCAUCUGUUGCUCGACUGCGGAAACGAGAGACGCCAUUUCCGAGUGGAUCAUUUGCAGGCUCUAUCAUGCGCGCUGCUGAAGCGGAAAUGCAGUAUCAAGAUGUACCCAGCGAGGAUUUCCGAGUGGCGGUGCUGGAUUCCUUUGAGACAAUCGUGCGGUCAACAAUAAUGCACGCAUCGUCAGAGCUGAGGAAGAUCAAGCAGCGUCAGGAGGACUUCAUCCUCGCCAAUGUGCGGUCCGACCGGUCGCGGACAUUCCGUUCAUCUGCAACGCGAGCAACCACAGACAGGACGCCUCCAGCACGCAAUGACAUCGCCAUGCUAUUCUCCUUCAUAGGCAUCUUGUAUUCCACAUUGCCCCCUGAGCGUGCUCUGCAAUUCUGGGGCUCCAGCCUCCCAGAGUCACGACGAGGAUCAUACUUGGAAUCGGUCGAGGUGUCUGCAGGAAAGCUUCCCGCUUUCUUGCAAUGGGCAGUAUGGUCGACACAGCCGCGAGAUAUUGACGUGUCUAUUGCAUUAUACGAUAUGCUCGCAGGGUUGGCCAAAGGCCAGCAAUGCAGCGAGCUGGCGUACAAUUUCCUUGCGCGAGGCAAUGGAGAAAUUAUUCCCGGAAGCAUGUUACCUCCCUCUGGUGGAUUGGCUUUCAGUACCGUAAGCGUAUCAUGGGCCACUAUGCUUGGACUCCUAGAAUCUUGGACGGCCGUAACGGCAAAUUCACGACCUCCCCAAGCCACAUUCGCUUCUGGAUCGCAGUUCGGGAUGACAGUCUCCCAAGGUCCUCAAAAUCAGCACCAACAGCACCAACAGCUCACCCUGACGGAGAAGGACGUAUGGCUGGCGCAGUGCUUUCUACGGCUGCUGUCGACAGUGGUGUCAUAUUCGGUGGCCGCGCGGGUUGCGCUAAACGCGCAUGCACAUCUGCGGGUGAUCCAAACUCUUGUGGGGCUCAUUCCCGUUGGUGGGCCAAUUGAACUGAAGGGCUCAAUUUUCACUGCGCUGGCGGCAUUCUGCGAGCCAGGUGCCGGCAUAGCUGGGGUGGAAAUUUGCCAGACAGUAUGGUUAUUGAUAGAGCGGGUGGAGGUUAUCAACGUGCGGGGCAGUAGUACUUUGUCGAAGCGUGGGGUGGAAUCAGAGUUGGAACUGGUGGAGGAGCCAGGCCGACUGUACCCUGAGACGAUCCCGUUUCUCAGGCUCCUCAGCACGCUCAUCCAUACGCCCAAAUCAGUACCGCUGAGGAAUCGGCUCGCCGACGCGGAGCCCAUUAACACUAUUCCAGAAAACUUGGGCCAGCCAUAUCGCCAACCCGGAAUCGGGCCCUUCAUAUCAUUUGUGGUGGAACAGAUAUUUCUGAAGAUCUCCAGUCGAGAGUAUCAGAUACCCAAGGAAAGAUGGCAAAUGAACGACCUCUGCUUGUCUUUCAUCGAGCGUUGUUUGGCAAGCUAUGAGCUGGAAGCAUUGCUGACGUCCACCGAGGAGAAGCAGGUGAGGGAAGAUGUGCUCUUGUCACUGGUGACUCAUCCUGGAUACGACAUUAUGCGACGGAUACUGUCUAAUUCACCUCUUCAAAAUGGUCUCUUGACCUAUUUGGUGGACGGCAUCGAUGGCUUUGACAAUGCGAUGGACGAUGAAGAACCUCUAUUCAAGACUACUAUCAUCAGGGUCCUCAGAAUUAUACAUCGCGUCCUUGAAGUCCAAGACAUCUUCUUGGAUGUCUUGAUCCCGUUACUCUCAGAGGUCAACGUCCCCCCGGCCGUAGGCCCAGUUCAUCAGCGUGCCUACUUCACUAAACUGGAUCAGGCGCUGUCGUUUACAUCCACAUACGCCCCGGCUGUAGCAGCAUACGUCGUACAUCAGUCCCACCCCGAGCUUGCCUUGCUCUCUGUCAAGAUACUCACCCUCCUCAUCAAAUCCACCUCAUUCCCUAACAUUACUACCUUGUUAGAACGAAGUAGCGACUCGGAGCGCAUCAUCGAUGGAUACCGAAGGAUCCUCGAGGACAAAGACCUCGACGGAUUCCAUGCCGCGGAGGUCAAUGCUGAAGAGUAUACUGGCGCUGGCGCUCCCGAUCUAGAUAACAUUCCUGCAGGGCUCUCUCAGUCUGUCAGAAUCGCAGUUCUAGAUUUGCUCAUCCAGAACACGCAACCUGGCUGCGCUUACCCUAAUGUUGCCCACCUCCUUCUUCUGGGCGCAACGAACGUCCAUCAGAUCCAGGACCCGCAUGCCCUGGAUGCACAGAGAUCCUCUGUCCAUGUCAUUUUGGACUGGGUCAAUAUGAGUGUGCCGAGACUGAGAACCAAGAGUAAAGAGGGUCAGCAUCGAGCUGCGUUGAAUACGCCUUUAUUUUCCAGCCUACCUGAACUCGCUGAACGAUUCUAUCGCGUCGUAUACAACUUGUGUACCCACUCAAGGACAACUGAUUUUACUUUGCGAUACCUGCGUACCAGGGAGGAUUUCUUUGCUCGCCAGUUAGCCGUCCUCUCGUUCAAGGCCCCGCCCGUCAGCUCCAUCCCAAUGAUCGAAGUUCAAUAUGGCGAUGGCGCUCGAGUGUCAUCAUCUGUUCCAUCACUCACGUCUUUUCUGCGACUUCGAUCUUACAUUUUCGACCUCGUCGCGUUGGACUUACACGUUCUCACAAAUCGUGGCCACUUCAAGGGGGUAGCGGACUUAUUAGAUCUGCUUUACGGUAAUGAGGAGGAACAGUACGAUGAGGAGGACUGGGAAGGCGAAAUGUUCAAGCCGUUCCGCGAAAUUGGGCAAUCGCACAUGCGCAUAGUCGAGUUUUUGCAGUCUCUGUCCUUCAACUGGGUCGAUAGCCUAGGCUCGGAAACUUUCGAUCUGCAGCUUCUCGGCACACUCAACUUGGCCUCUUGCGUGCGCGUUGAUGAGAAGGGCUGCGAGAUUGUUGAUCGGACGGCGUUGUUAUCCCUUCUUGUUGCUGCCAGGCGAUCUCUUCAUGCUCAGGGUCAUAUUGUCACACCGGCCAGCGUCGAACGGCUUAGUGCAGAGACUGCUUAUAUUCUGGAGAGCUGCACCGUAGAGAAUCAUCGUAGAGAAGUUUCUUUUGCCGUCGCAUCUGGAUUCGAGGCAUGGAGGAGGCUGGUCGAUAUGACCCUUGUCAAAUGUUUCGCCCGCCUGCCUCGAGACCGUCGGGAGACCAUGCUGUUUGAUUUACUCCAUGAACUCCCUCCGAUCAUCCGCUCUGAGACCAUCCAACCCCCGACCGCAGUUCUUCUCUCCGAAGUCUCUCUCUCUCUGAUCACCAAACUGAGGGAGGAUAGGCGCAGUCAGCUUGUCUUGCAGUCUGCCGGCAUCGAUUCAGACGCAGGGUCGCUUCCCGCAGAACGCCUGUACGCCCUUCUCGGCAAUAUCGUGGAAUGUAUCUCGGAGAGUCGUAUCGAACUGGUACGCGGUAACCUCUACGCAGCACUCAUCAACUAUUUCCAUCUCAUCUCGUGGGAUGCCGGGUCUGAUCCUAUGGGUGGAAAGUCUAACGAUCUUUCGCUGUCAUUAUCAGCGUCGACCACAGGGGAUGAUUUUAUAUUCGGAGAGAGCCAAUCGGUUGUCAGUCUUCCCUUGCACCCUGCACGUGCCGCAUCUACGAUCUCGAUUUUGGAGGCAGGUACUCUGACAGUGCUCAAACCCAUCAUGGAACGAUUGGUGGCAAUGAUUUCCCGUGAUGCUAUAGAUGGCACAGAAGUAUGGAAGACUGUUGCCUUCACGCUGCUGGACUGUCUUGUGCAUCUUUCCCAAGAUGACAGACAGCAUGUCGUCCUAUCGGCUCUAUCUCGACACGGGUUCUUGCUGAACUUUGUUCGUAGUCUCAAAGAGUCCGACCUGCGUCUUCAAGCUGUCCUUAAGCCCGACCCCGAUGAUCUCAAUUCGUUAUAUGUUCACGAAGUCAAGAUGUCUCUGUUAAUCCGUAUCGCGCAGACACGGCAAGGAGCUGAGCGUCUGUUGGAAGCACGUUUACUCCCUAAUCUCGGAGGUUGUGAUUACUUGGAUGCGAGACCUGAAGCGGACCAGACUUUCAUGGAUUACGACAGCUUCCUUCCAUCCGCAGUUCAACGAUACCAUCAGCUAUUCAUCCCUGCCUUGCAACUAGUCAAUUGCAUACUGGCAACUCUUGGGCCCAGUCAUGUAACGGCGUGUAACCAGGCUCUAGAAUUUCUUUCCAGUCAUCGCGACACUAUCGCCAUCCUCCUGAAAAACGAAGCGGAAGAGAUUUCACUAUCGGUAAUGGAUGAGAUUCAUCUGCUCGUCUCGCUCGCAGCAUCGAUCUUCCCGCAAGUUCCCAAAUCCGAGCUAGUGACUGGUAACAAUGGUUUUGGGAACGUCCAUGUGGCGAUAUUGAGCCUUGCCACCAAAUAUCUGGGAUCCGGAGGUUGGGCGCAAAAAAUUAAACCACAGACGGAUGCUGAAAGACUAGAUACGUCGGUGCCUGCUUCUGGGUACGGAGAAGAAACCAAAUUUGGCCUAACCGUCGACCGUAAAGACCAGCUGCUCCGCAAAGCUCUACUUGUCUACCUUGGUGCUGCCAGUGACUUCGCUGAGCCUGAGAUCACCUUGGUACUCUCUCCAGUAAUGAUCACUCCACGACAUGAAGAACGACAACCCAAUCGCCUAAUUGCUACUAUCCCCACUGUUGGCGAUGCCAUUGAGGCGCUCAACGACCUCUGCGGGGACCUACUACUCACUCUCAAGCGAAUAACUGAUAUCACGGCAGAGCUGUCGUCUCGAGAUCACAUACGAGUGGAGAACAUCCAAGAAAUCAUCAACACCACCGAUAAUGACAUCCUAGCGGAUCUCGAUAUAGGUCAGCGGCAAUACUUGAUAUGCCGCGAGCUGGAGCGAAUACGAGUUGACGCUCGCAAUGAUGCGAGAAUGCUGCUUUCCGCUGUAGAGAUGCUAUUGCUCCUUCUCUGGCGUCACCUGCUUUUUUAUUCUGAAAACCGGCACGUCAAUAACCCGUCUUUGAGAGCUUCGACGUCGGGCAUGAUGCGGUACAUGUCAACCGCAUCCGACGGGGAUGUAUUCAGAUCAGAAGCGGCGAAAAAGUUGGCCCCUGCUCUUCAACGUCUAGAAAACCUGGAUCUUAAUGAGUCGAUAGGGAGCAGUUGGCGGUCAAGUGAAGCAUACCUCGAGGUAUUGCUACGGCGUUUGAGGGACGCGGUCGGGCUUCCAGUCGAAGACGAGAUUUCACCUCUGCAAGGCUUUGCAGCAUUCUGAUAUUGAUUACACAGCGGGUUAUCGCUGCGUCAAGUAUUUGUACAGAGCCAAGUUGGCCAU